ACUCAAAAAUCCUUUAAGGGAAAUUUUCGAAAAAUAUUAAAAACUAACAGGAAUUAAUUUCCCUCAUCUCUGGUUGAAGUGCAUUUUUUUCUGAGUGUCUCAACUUUAAAGAACUCGCCGUAGAGCCUUUGUAUACUUCCCCCACCAAUUGUUGGUCAAUUACAAAUGAUUACAACUAAAACACCCAAAACCUUGCAGAACCUACAGCGAAACUUCCAUAGAGCCACAAACAGUUUGCGCUUGAUCAGCCAUAAGGAGUUUACUUUAAAGCGGGAAAUUUACAAAUUCAAACGUUUAAAUCACGAACCGACAUUUUUGCAGCAUCUUAUUUGGGAGCAGCAACAACAGAAAUUGUUGCAGCUUAGCGAGGGGAUUUGUGGCAGCAGCGUUUGCAGUAUCCGAAAAAGGCGCAGGAGGAGGUGUGCCAGUAUCUUGGCUAUUGUAGGCCACAAUAAGUGAAAUUCUGCCCCGGGAGAAAAAGCAAGAAAGCUAAGCACCUAGUUUUGAUCCUCAAACACUCUGCAGGGCAAGCAUAACUGGGCCAAUACAGCAACGCCAAGUGUAGCCCACCAUCUAUUGUGGAUAGAGUUUCUCUGGUUCUGUUUGAGGUUGAAUUUGAGAGCUAACCACCGCCUGAAUAGCGGAAAGUUUGCCUGGGCCAAGCAAAAGUGACAUUGCAGCAACAUUUGAGCAACGCAUUUGGGAGAAGAGUUUCAAGCACAAGAAAAACAACCGGUUAUCGUUGGCACCGAAUAGCAAAGCAACUCUUUUGCGCAGUUGAAAUUGAAACUAAAACGCCAAGCAACACCCUCAACCAAAGCACCGUUAAGGCUGGGACACCCCUCUCUCACACACUCACACACUCACUCACUCACUCUUCGCUUUCGGAGUAACAACAAAAAGACCUUUAAGAAAAUCUUUGUUUGUUUUUUUCUUUCUGUGCUGUGAGAAAGCAGCAACUGCCAGUGUUUCAGCAACAUUUUCCCUCCUACAAAACAAAUCCCCCCGCACUAACCCAUAACGCUGCUGUAAUCAUCACUGAAACUGUGCUGCACAUUUUGUUAAGUGCUUGUUUGCCUCCUCUUUGGCUUUACCUUUUUCAGGCCGCGCUUUUACAAGCCAAUUUUGUUGAGAGCUGCUGUGAGCAAACGUGUUUUCUGACCACAUUUCCUUUGGCGCAUUCGAAGCCUUAAACCGUUGUGGUCGUUGUUCAUCUGUUGAUCGGUCGGUCGGUCGGUCAUUCGGUUAUCGUAGUGUGUUUGUUUUUUUUUCCUCACUGUGCAUAGCUGUCUUCAUUGCACUGUCAUCGUUCUGGUUGCUGUUUGCCGCUGCAGUUUUGUAUUGUGUUGUUUUUGUAUUGAAAACUGGAUUUUCCAUCAGAUGUACUCGAUGGUUGAUUGUUAUGCAGAUAUGGGACAAAUCGGUCAAGAUUACCCCAUGCGUGAAUAUAAUUUGGAUGAUCUCGAAUUGGAUCAAGUGACACAGGUGAUUGGCUAUCAUCCUCGGUAUCUUGAUCACUUUCUAAGAACUCAAAAUUUUAUUAUGAAUGGCGAUGGACCACUGCCAUAUGAUUAUCGCUACUACUUGGCCAUAAUUGCAGCCGCUCGUCAUCAUUGCCCUUAUCUGGUGAAGAUGUACGAAAAGGAAUUUGUCAACCAGGGCGGCAAUCCGGAAUGGUUGAAUGGCUUGGAUUAUAUACCGCCAAAACUACGUGCCAUAUAUGAAAUCAAUAAAAUUUUAGCACAUCGACCAUGGCUGUUGCGCAAGGAACAUAUUGAGAGUCUAACUCGGGGCAAGAACAGUUGGUCUCUAUCGGAAGUCGUGCAUGCCAUGGUGUUGUUAUCGCAUUUUCAUUCAUUGUCGUCGUUUGUGUUCUCCUGCGGUCUGACACAGAAACUCGAUGGUUUGUCUAGUCCUAAACUGAAAACAGCACCCGCAACAAUGGUCGUUUCAUCAUCAUCAUCAUCAUCAAUGCCACAACAACACCAACAACAACAAACACUCUAUAAUGCUGGAGCUGGUGCUGGCAUGUUUGUCGUCCCUGGUGGUGGGGUCGAUAUGAACGCUCUGUUAAUGCAUGCAGCUGGGGGUGCAAUGGGUGUUCCAGUUGCAGCUGCAACUGGAUCGGCCAUGCAUCCGCCACAACAACAGCAACAACAACCACAAAAGACUGUAUUAAGUGAAAUCACUUUGAACAACAACAACAACAAUAAUAGUAAUAACAACAACGGCAUGGAUCAUCAUAAUCAUCAAAUCUAUUGCAAUAACAAUGCCACAAAUAACAUUUUAUUAAUGCCCACUGCCGCUGCCAUCGCAGCCUCCGUUCAAGGAGGGGCUGCUGCAGCUGCCGCCGCUGCUGGCAUUGUGGCUGCCAGUGCCACAGGUGGAAUUGUUGGUGGCAUCGUUGCCGGAGCAGGUGGUGCAACUGCUGCCGCUUGCGCGUCCGUCUCCACGCCCAUUGCUGCUGCUGCCAACGGUGUGACCAAGAUGAAUGCUCAACCCAGUGUUACCGUUGAAGCCCUCAUGGAACGCAUGAAGGUCUUAUCUCAGAAACAGGACGAAUGUAGCGAAGCCGAGCUGAGCAAUCGCUUCAAGAAUGUUGAAAUGCAAACUGCCGAAUUACCCGCUGCCGCCACGAUAGUCCCCACCGAAAUACCACCGGUCAUCUCGCAUUACAUUGAAGACCCGAAUUUCACAUAUCAGGAUUUUGCACGACGUGGUGCAGAAAAUAUACCCAAUACAUUUCGCAUUCAAGACUAUUCCUGGGAUGAUCAUGGCUACUCAUUGGUUAAUGGCCUCUAUGAGGAUGUGGGCACUUUGCUGGAUAAUAAAUUCCGAUGUGCUUAUAAUUUGACCUAUUUCACCAUGGGCGGUGUCAAGAAUGUUGAUACAUCGAAAUUUCGUCGUGCCAUUUGGAAUUAUAUCCAAUGUAUUUAUGGUAUACGCCAUGAUGACUAUGAUUAUGGUGAAGUUAACCAGCUUUUGGAUCGUCCUUUGAAAAUGUUUAUCAAGACCGCUUGUUGUUUUCCUGAAAGAAUUACAACUAAAGAUUAUGAUAGCAUUUUGCUUGAACUGCAGGACAGUGAAAAGGUUCAUGUUAAUUUGAUGGUUAUGGAAGCGCGUAAUCAAGCUGAACUAUUAUAUGCCUUGCGCGAAAUAAUGCGCUAUAGGACAUGAUCUCAUAAAAUGCAACAAAAAACAAAUAAAAUACAUACAUAUAUAUAAAUAUUUUUAUCUUUAAAAUAUUAAAUACCUACAUACACACAUCACAUACAAAACCACAUGCAUUAAAACAUACACAUUUACAAAGAAAAAAAAAAACAAAAAAAAACAACAACAAAUGUUAAAAUAUGUAUAAAACUCAAUUAAAAAAACAGAAACUUUGUUAAAAAUAAAUAAAAACUAAAACAACAAAUAUUAAUAUCUACCAACAAACAUACACACACAAACAUAUAUAUGAUAUAUUUUAAAUACUAAUGAAAGAAGAAAAUAAAAAAAACAAUAACACAUACCACCCGAACAUAUAUAAGAAGAAGAAGAAAAAAUUUUAUUUACAUAUUCAUAUAUAUACAACCACAUACUACAACCCAAAUAUAUACAUACAUAUUUUUUUUAAAUGUUAAACAAAAAAACAACCAACUAAUGUUAUAUGCAAGAUUUACAAGUAACAAAAACAA